UCGGCUCUUUCCGCCGCGCUGGGCUCCCGCCUUCUGCCCGCGCGCUGCCCGGCCGCUCAGCCGUGCCCAUGUCGGACCUGCGGGCCGCCGCCGCCACCGGGUCCCGCUACGAGCCCCCGACAGCCGGGGCGUCGAGUGGCACCGCUCCUCCGGACCCUGCAGAAAAUGAAGACUCGGCCCAAAAUGCAGAGCCUGCAGAUCAGCUGGUUGAUUCUUUGGAGUCCAGUACUUCGCAGAGCAGGUUGCAGAUCAGGUCACUCGUGAAUGCAGGUGUGACAGAAGAUUCAAAGGAAAAAGCUGGCACUUUGGAGGGCCAGGAAGUGGGUGAACUAGAAGAGAAGCUUCCUGACCAAAUCCAGUCCCUCAAAGAGGAAGCUGCUGUUCGGAUAGGCAGCUACCAUGUACCUCAAGGAGUAGGGGAUAUAGUCAUGAUUCAGUCGGAUCACACUGGUGCUGUGGAUAUCCUUUCUGCUGAGCUGGAGACUGCAGACCUCCUUGGGGAGCAAAGGAAAGCUCAGCCUCCCCCUCUGGCUCCACCCACCAUGUGGACCACUGAGAAGACAAAGGAAUUCAAAGCCAAGAUAGGAAAGGAGAAGAAUGGCCGGAUGGUGGUGAAGAGAGGAGAGGUGGUGACAGUCCGUGUGCCAACACAUCCUCAUGGGAAGUGCAUUUGCUGGGAGUUUGCUACAGAUGACUAUGACAUUGGGUUUGGAGUCUAUUUUGACUGGACCACAGUUACUAGCACUGCCAUUACUGUUCAAGUCAGCGAGUCCAGUGAUGAGGAGGAUGAAGAGGAGGAGGAGGAAAUUGAAGGACUCGCCCCUGUUGGUGAUGUGGAAAGGGGCUCUAAAAGCUACCUGCGGAACCGCUACGGAGAGAUCAUGCCUGUGUAUCGCAGGAACAGCCACCGGGAGGUGCAGGCAGGCAGCCACCAGUACCCAGGCGAAGGCAUUUACCUGCUUAAGUUUGAUAACUCCUACUCUCUCCUCCGCAAUAAGACUCUGUUCUUUCAUGUCUACUACACGAGCUGAAGGAAGGGGAAGGGGCAGGGACGGCAGACAGGUAAUGGUGAGUGUGGCAGGCUGCCACCCAGCCCUGGUAUCACCUGAUGGGCACUGCUGUGUGACAGAACAAAGGCACAAUUCUGCCGGCUUCUCUUCAGACACUAACUGGUUUCUCCCCACGCCCUUCUUCCCUGCGGUCCCAGUGGAGAAAGAUGUGACUGCCUGGUUGUCCACAAGCAGCUGCACUUUCUGUAAAACUUUGGAAGGUCUGCUCUGUGCAGGCAUCAGGCUGGGCUUUCACAUCACAUCUGGUGAAUGUGCAGAGGCCAGGUUCAGGUGUUUGUUGCUUCCAUCUGUUGCGCUGGUACGAAAUGAAGUGAAAAUACUGAUCCAUUACAAUUUUGUGAAGAACUUUUCCGACUGUCCUGCUGCAUCUGAAUCACUAGAGGGCAGCAAUGAGCAAAAAGCACAGCUGGCUUGUCACCGAGCCACUGGUAAUCUCUUUGACUACUACCAAUAUGUGUCCCCAGCCAGUGCUUACUUCACUCUGCAGGAGGGGCUGCAGCUCACCAUGCAGUGGCCAGGCAGUUGGGCUCCUUAAAGUAGUCAUGGCAUGUGCUUGAACAUGGGUUUGGGGCAGAGCACACACCCAAUGGUCUACAAGGUUUUCCUACCAGUUAGGAAUUGGAUGUUGUACCUGUUGAUUGUAGGGAUACGUAGAUGAUUGACACUUAAGUGACCACCAAAUAUUUUUUCUGUAAUCCAGAUGUGAAGCAGAGGAAAUUACUUAAUACUGUGCUGGAUAAACACAGAAAAGUUGGACUACUACCACUACCUAUACAGGAAAUAUUUCUUAGUAGCAGCAUGUUGGAUCACUGGUAUUGUUGCCAGCUGGAUAAUGCCAUAUGUAGCAAGGAAAAGGCUCCCCAGAAAAGUGUAGCUUGUUGGCUGCUAUUACUUUUGCAAAGGUAUUGUUAGAAAACAUCUCUGCUGAGAAACUUGGAAGGUUUGGGAUUUAACCAACCCUUCAUGUGAACCAGAAUCAGCAAGGCCAUUGCUAACCCUGACCACAUGGUAAGGGAUUGAUUUCCUUGGCAUGUUUUGAUGGCAUUAGUGAUCAUCUUCUGCUUAAGUACUGGCAGAGUUGAGAAAGGAUUAAAUUAAUCCUUCAGAGAUGAAUUUUAAAUCAUGAUUAUCUGUAAUUGUUUUUUAUUUUAAUACUUGAAAUCAUUCUCUUUUCUAAAAAUACUGCUGUAUUUACAUCUUGAUACCUCUCUGCAGAGACACAAAGUGAUUGCAUUGUGAUUCUAGAAGAGUUCUGAGUUUUAUUUUUAAAUUCUCCAGGUAAAGCAUUCUUGGUCCAUUCCUUCUAUUGAGAGGGAAUCAUGGACAAAAUUACUUUGGGGUAGUUAAAGCCAAAGAUUUCACUCAUGUAGGAGGGCCACAUAUUUCCUGUUAAGACUGUAUUGUAAUGCUGUGCAAUUUGCUCUGGAUUCAAGCUCUUCUUUUAACUAUCUCUGCUUAUUCACUGCCCCAGAGCAGUGACUUAGUAGGUAGGUAGAGGAGAGAUUAGUCAGUCGUCAGUAGAGCAGCCCAAACUGGGAGCAGGAGGAGUGGAAAUGAAAAGAAUGCUGGUUGGAGUGCAGCGGCUUUCUGGGUGAGCAGGCAGGGAACAGAGCUGCUGCUGCUUUGGGUCCUGAGAUGGGGAGAAAAUAGCUGCCCUUCUCAAAAGGUAGACAGUGGCAGCACACCUAGGCAGGGGGUACCUGUACAGCUGCCUUAUUCAAACAGGACAGCCUUCCAGGGAGACCUAACAGUAGGGCUUAUUAUCUGUCAGAGUAAGGUGCUCUUUCAUUUAGCACCUUUGGGAGGACUGUUACUUACUUUAAGCCAAUCUUGGGGAAGAUGAAGGACUACCCUGUCGUAUUUUUCCCCCCUCAUCCUUUUUCUGUCAGGUUCCUAGACAUUGAACAGAAGAAGACAGAAAAGACCCUUCAGUGUGACCACAACAUCAGCACUGACCCAUUCAAUGUCUGCCUUUGCUGUGAGAUCUGCAGAACCCUGCAUGUACUUGCUUGUUAAUGUCUGAUGCACUGUCUGGCACUCACUCCGCUUUCUAAUUAGGAUUUAUUUACCAUGAAGAGAUCUCUGACCUGUACACAUAUUAGGUAUUUCAGAAUUAUUGAUCCUCAGUUGCAGGGCUUAUUGCGGGCUAGUGGGUCAUCUCCACAAAAAACUGUUUCCCUUUUACCAUGGCCUCCCUGUUGCUAAGUCACACCUAUUUACCCCCUCCUGUCUGUUGCUUAUACCAAGGUUCAAAAUAUAUUUUGUUACAAGAAGUUAACAAGGCCUGCCUCACAAGCAGUUUGGAUCGCUCACUGUCAAAAAUAGUAUGUGCCAGAUUUCAAACCAUUAGUUAGUGGUUUUAGUUAAGAUAAGUUGCACUGUAGAUGUUAACCCGAUUGCUCAGUUCUAGCUUUCUGAAGCAUGAACCAGCCUGUAAUAAGGCUUAGGUUAUUUGUUUGGAACUGUGCCCAUCUCCUGGUCACAUUAACGUAAGCCCAACAGCAGCACUGAAUAUCAUUUGUCAUCCCAGUCAGCAUGUGCCCAGUCUGCAAAUGCAGUGUGCCCUUAGAUAAACCUGCUGCAGUGGAACCAAAAAUGUUUGGUGUGUGUUAUUUCACUACUUAAGUUUCCCAGAAGUAACUAGUAUCUCUUAUGAACACAGCAUAGUUUUAGUCACAGAAUAUUUCAUCUGCAGGAAACAGAAGCUUCACAGUUGUAGAGGAUAAUUCCUGGUUUUGUUUGUUUUUGUGGUUUUAAAAAUUUCAUUACAUGAGUAUGUUGUUUCUCAGGUAUUUAGGUAACGUUCAUUAUCCAAGUGACAACUUUUCUUUGGAAGGGUAUUUAGUCUUUAUUCUUUUUCUGAUAAAUCCAAGAACUUGACUGUGUGGUUAAUGAUUAACAGCAGACAUUCCCAUUGAAAACUGAACCCAUAGUUGGUAAGCAGUAAGCUUAUUUCUCAUGAAUCUUUUUUUUCAGUUUGGUGUUUCUUAUAGAUUUGUAGCCAAUCCCACCAUCUGGCUGAGGCAGUGGUAGAACCCCUUAUUAUUUUAAUUGGAGACCUUAAGAACCAAACCUUGGGUCUAGAAAGAAAAAAUAAUUAAAAAGCUGCACUUCAGAGAGGGAAACUAAUCUUCAAGAAAGGAAAAUUCUUUGUUUCUGAAGGAAGAUUUUGGAUAGGCUUUUAAAAUGUGUUCCUUCUUCCUGUAAAUCCUGUCAAGAAAUUAAAAAAGCUAAAUCGAGGAAGAAGCUUCUUUUGUGUUUUGGGUUUGCUUUUGUCCUGGUUUGGGCCAGGAUAGAACUAAUUUUCUGUCUUGUAAUUUUGCUUUCACCUAAGUCUCAUAAGUAGCUGUACUAGCUGAAAUCAACAGCAAGUUUCUCACUCAGUGUCUGCUUCUAGGACUGGUAACGCACAAUGUUUAUAGUUAUGGCUAGAGAAUGGUGUGCAGAACCAAGGCCACUGCUCGGUUCUGAGGAACAUCUUAGGCUUUGUAAAGAGAACGGGAGUAAAAAGGUCACACCUGCAACCCUCCUUUAGGGAGGAGCAGACAAGACCAGUGACCAAAAUUGACCAAACAGAGCACUCCAUCCCAUAUUUGUCAUACUCUGUAGAAGUUUGAGGGCCCUUCAGCCCUUCUUUGCCUCCUACCUGUCUGCUUCAGCAUCCUGGGAAGAUUCCACCUGUUUGCCUGUGGUCCCGAUCUGUGCCAGCCUGAAUCUGUGUGUUCCUGCCUCCAGCUCCCAACUGCUGCUGGCUCCAGGAGUCCAGCCUGGACUUUCCCAGGGAUGCCCUGCAGCCUCGGUGGUGAUGGGAGCACUACUGGGUGGAAAGGAGUACGGUAUUGUUUUUUUGUAUAUCUGUAUGUAUUUAAUUAUUUUUACUUUUUAUCAUUACUGUUUCAUUAAAGCUGUGUAGUUUGGUUUCCAGACUGUCUCUCCCUUAUUCUCUCUCCUUUCUUUAUAAGAGAGGGGAGGGGAAUUAAUAGAGAGCAUCUGUCAUUUGGUUAGUUGCUGGCCCAGUGUUAACCCAUGAUAGCUUUUUUGAAAGCACAAAAGUGUUUUCCAUUUUACUUUGGAUAUAAUUUAGGUCAAGAAAUAAGAUCUACAUAUUCAGAGAUACCAGAUAGUUCUGUAGUGCAGGAUUUCUAUACAUAUUAGCUUGUAUAAUUGUUUAUUUAUAAUAAUGGUAUCAAUCUCUUGGGCUUCUUUUAUUUAAAAGAUUGUUUUAUCUCUUUUUUUUUUUCUUUUCCAUAGAAUCAUUGCCAAGUCCGCUACUAAACCAUGUCUCUAUUACCAUGUCUAUAUGUCUUUAAAAUACCUUCAGGGAUGGUGACACCCACUUCCUGGGCAGCCUUGUUCCAGUGCCUGACAGCCCUUUCAGUAAUGAUUUUUUUUUUCCUAAUAUUAAACCUGAACUUCCUCUGGCACAUCUUGAGGCCAUUUCUACCACUUGUUACUAGGGAGAAGAGACCAAUACCCAUAUCACUACAAUCUCCUUUCAGGAAGUUGGAGAGAGCAAGGUCUCCCCUCAGUCUCCUUUUCUCCAGAUUAAACUCAGCUGCUCCUCAUAAGACAUUUUCUAGACCCUUCACCAGCUUUGUUGCUCUUCUUUGGACACACUCCAGCAUCUUGAUGUCUUCGUUGUAGUGAGGGACCCAAAACUGAACACAGCAUUAGAUUUGCAGCCUUGCCAGAGCCCUUUAGGUGUAACGUAGCAGCAGGAACUGAGUUAAAAUUGCUUAAAUCAGGGACCAGUUGUACUUACUGAAUUUACUCAAACUCUUUGGAGGGCUGUAAUAGGAAUCCUUGAGAUUGGUGUGAGCAGAGGCUACUUGCAAAUGGUUUAAUGCUUGAGACUCGUGUGAUAGUUACAUAGGUUAUUAUUGGUAAUGAGCUGUUUACAUGAACAGGUAAGAUGAAAACACGUAAGACAAAGAGUUUAGCUGUCUGACUUCAGGUACUAAGAAGAAAGUUGCAAUGUGGCUGAGUCUAAAACACAGCCGCAUCUUUCUUUUUGGCUCUACCGUGUGUGCUUGUCUUCUUCUAAUUGUGUCUGCAUGUAAUCUUCAUUGUUGGCCUGCAGUGGGUUAAUUAUUGUGGUUCUGGACCUGGUGAGGUGGGUUAGAGGUGAAUCUUGUUACAUGUCUAGUUGCUGAAAGACUUACCCAUUCCUGUGAGGAACUAGGGUAGAGAAUGGCUCCUGAAAUGAGCUCACUUUUAUCCCUGCUACUUAUAACCCUACCUUCUGUCUGACUACCCCUAUUAAAGCCACUCUAUACAGAGGAUUUAUCACCUUAGGUGCCUUAGGAACAAGGAGAAUGUCUGAAAUAAAAGCCACAGAUGUCAUUACUCCAAGGGUUUUCUUCUUGUUUCUCUGCUCAUUUGAGCAGGGGGAGGCACUUCCUAUGGUCAGGCAAGGAAAGCCUCCAGGCUCUCCUGGAGAUUGAACUGCCUUGUUACUGUAAGAUGAGUAGUAGAAUGGUGUUUGAAAUUCCUGGUGUCGUUUUUUGCCUUUUAAAAUCAUAUGCUGCUGUCAGAUGUUGAGGAACACCAGGCUACUACUCAUUUUGAUACGCUGAUGCCUAACUUGAGGACCAGAGGAGCACUAGAUAGAUAGAGGGGAGCAUUCCUUGUGGCCAUUCAUCUUUGUCUUUGAAAAGUGUCUGAAACCAGCUUAUGUGUGUUGAGGCUGAGUAAGACACCAAAACAACAAAAUUAUUUCUGAUCUACAAGUGUGAAAGAAAAGUGUUUUUCCUUUUCUCCUAUCUGGGAAAAUGAAAAAAUGAAAAAGAAUGAAAGAAAAGGAAGAAAAAAAGAAUGAAAAACUGGGAGCUGAUAGUGCUAAAUACAUUGCCUAAUUAGACUGUAAAAGAAGCUAUGAGCUGAAGAGGAGUCAGAGUGCUAAAUCAUUUAUUUAGAUAAGUUGAUUUGCAGUAAAUACCAACUAAAUAAAGUUUUAGAAGGUACGUAGAACUGCAGAGUUCAAAUAUGUCUUGCUAUAAGGAGAAUUUUCUUAUUCCAUAUUUGCCUCUGUGAAUUCCUGAAACACCGGUACUGUUGCAACUGAAAACACACCAUGAUGCUGGGUGGAUGGUGGGUCUGAUUCCCCUCAACUUCACCACAUUCCAUUCUGGAUUUUACAUGGAGCUUUUUAGAAGAAAUGUACCCUUUAUCAGGCAGAAAGUGAGGAAGAAUUUUGUGAUCUGUCAGUGAAGUUUAUCUGGUUUAAGCCCAUCUGGACUGGUGAGUCCAAGUUCCUUGGGCAAGAGGCUGGAUGCCAGCCUUUAAGUGCAGAGCUAUGGAGGCUUUGCUCAGUCAAGACCUUGGAGUUUAGGAGCUGUUUGAAAAUUAUAAAUAGCUGGAAAUAAGUUUCCCUGCAACCUCCAGGGUGCCUUGGUGACUCUCUGCUCUUCUCCAAGGGAAGCAGUGUGCUUUCAACUCGCUGCUCCAAGCUGAUAGCAAAGCCUUUCCAUGGGGAGCAUUUUGUAGCUGGUCACACCCUUUUCAGACCUAUAUUCUUGUGACCUGUGGUGGUCGUCUGUCAGUCCUAAUUGACAUGAUGUGAAUAUUUUUUGAUGUCCUGUGAUUUCAAACCUGAGUUCUCAACACCAACUGUUGACUUUUUGUGUCCUCCCAAGGUACAAGUUUUAAAUGGAAGAGAGGAUAUUUUAACAGAGUGUAGCACUGAACCUCUUGCUGAAGGGCACAUAUGAAGACUAUAUUUAUAGUAUACUUGCACUCCUAUGCUUGGUUUAUAUUGUUUAUAUUUGUGUUGUGGCUGAUUUGUAAUAGUAUAUUGGAACUUAUUACCUUUAAAUAAAUU